AUGCAGGAGGAUAGCAGCUGUCUGUCCCAGCACUGUGAGGAGCAGGUGCGGCCUUGCAUUGACCUGGUGGACUCCCUGAGGUCUCUGGGAGUGGAGCAGGACCUGGCUCUGCCUGCUAUCGCUGUCAUAGGCGACCAGAGCUCAGGGAAGAGCUCAGUGCUGGAAGCCCUCUCUGGGGUGGCACUGCCCAGGGGCACAGAGAUCAUUUCCAGUGCUGUGAACGAUACCAGCAAGAGCUUCUUUGAGGCGUUUCCCAAUCUGAUGAGGGCGGCCAAGGAUCCUCUGGACCUGAGAGAUCAGGAGUAUGAGAAGGCGGAGGAGAGACUGGCGUCACAGUUCAAGAUGGAGAGAAUCAUCUACUCCCAAGACGGCCUUUACAGUCGCCAGUUACAAACUGUGAAGUCCAAGCCUGUUACUAAAUACUUCAUAAACGCUGACCUCACAGAGAUGACUUACCAUCUUAAUGCCUACUUUGCGAUCACGUCAGAGCGCCUGGCCAAUCAGGUGCCCCUGGUUGUGCAGUACCACAUGCUGGAGGAGUACACCACCAGGGUAAAGGCAGCCAUGCCAAGUCUGAUACGACACAAAGACGCCGGCAGCUUCAUCCAAGAGAAGAGCGACAUUGCCAAGAAGAGGAGUUAUCUGCUGGGCAGAAUGGAACGUCUCAGGAAGGCACGCCAGGUUCUGGCCAAGUCUGUGCCCACUAAUUAGGUGUCAGAGGGGUUUUAGACCAUGUAAACAGGUUGCAGUUACUUAGUGUCAAUGUUACGCAGCAGGUAUAACUGCCAUCAUCUUUAUACUUUUUGUGUGUCUCAGGUUUCUAUUUUAUAUUUUAUUGAGUAAAUGAGGAUUAGACAACUUAAAUAAAGAAAGCAUACCAUAGGCUAUAGUAAAGUAGGAGUAAGUUAGUUGAAAUACUAUAUUUGCUUUUAAAGACACCACACAAGAUUUUGUGCAAACAUAUAUACUCA